UUCCAGGGCUUCCAGGGCUGCCAAAUAGUACCGUUGUUUUUAAGCUCUCGCCAGCCGUUCAAAUAAAAAUCAAAUUGCAGGACUUUGAUUCAUAAUGCCUGGCAUUAUUAUUGAUUCCAUUCAUAAUGGAAUUGCUUCGUUCACGUAAUUUGGAUUUAGAAAAAUUCGAAAGAGGUUUUUUGGAGCCAUGCUGGAAGUAUGGGGGUUCCAGAUCAAAAACUUUAAAAAUCCAGUGCGAUGAGAUCGUCGCAGUAGAUUUAGUGGCUUGUUGCAAACAAAUAAGUGAUUUAAUACAGCAAGUCAUUGACAGUCGAGAUGAAGAGAACUUUUUGACAGGAAGCAGGCUUCGUGUUAGCUUCAAAGACAUCGCGCGUUUGACAUAUGGAGCCAUGGGCAUCUACAGACACCAGAUUAAUAUUCUUUUGGGGGACGCCAAAUAUUUGCUGGAACAAAUAAAAGGCACCAAAUUAGUCUUUGAGCUUUCAUCCACGGAGACAGUCGUGGUCAGACAAUCACAGAUGUCCACCCAUCGCCAUCGGAAGAGAGUGAUCACCCAGAAGUCUACCGUGACAGUUUCAAAGCGUCCUCGAAUGUGUGAACCGGAUUUAUUAGGAGAAUCGGUUCGAGAAUAUUAUGCCAGUAUGUUGGAUGAGAGUGUGAAUGUACCGCAGAUCGAAAGCCCCCAGAAGCUUACACAGGAAUUUGACGAUACAAUUGAAACUCCUCGAAUAUGUUCCAUUUCCACCUCGUAUCAAGCCCUAACCAUCACAGAAGAACUUGAAAUCCAUGAAGAUCAUACAUUUAUGUGUCCAUUGGAUGGUUUUGGAGAAACCAACCCGGAUUUGAGUAUUUAUGAAGAACUAUUCCCCAGAAAAAGAUCCUUAAAACGUCCAUCAACGUGCUUGAAUUCAACUGAGAUUUUACCCAAUAAAAUACCCAGAUUGGAAGAAAGUUUAGAAGAGACGAUAGACGCAAGUUCUGACAAUACUAUUAUGACCAAAGAUGGUUUAAAUAGUGUUGAAACAGUCGAAGAAAUGAACAUAAUCUGUGAGACUCCGAUUCCUGUACUUAUGUCUCCCUUGCCAAUGUAUUUUCCAUUCAAAAGUAACAAGAAACUUAAAAAAGGAAAGUUGAUUAUUGACAAAUGCAUAGAGUAUUGCAAAAAUAGUUUGCUAAAGCAUCGGCAAAAAUACAUUGAUUGCUGCCAAGCAAGAAAAAUUACAGUGACCGUCAAGCAACCCCCAGGAGCAGAUCUCCUUUUAUCAAAAUUAAAUAAGACCUCUAUUUUCCCAGAUCUCCUUACACAAAUACCCAUUAGUUUAGGCGUAGAUCAAAUGGAAGAUGAAAGUGAGGCAACUCUUAGAAGCAUUUUUGCAGAUGAGCUCUACCCUGAUUUAGUCAAGGAAAUUUUGGGGCAGGACUUACACCCCUUAGAGCCAUUAAUUGAAAUUGAUGGAGCUAAAAUGGAAGAUAAUAAUCUAAUGGAGCAGAAUAAUAAUCAUAAUUUGGAACAAGUUCCAACUCCAGAAGAGCAUAAUAACAAUAUUAGUGCUCUAGCAUCUAUUUCCACUUGCCGUGAAAAUAAUAUAAAUCAACUUGAAGUAAUGAUGGACUUGCUGACCAUAUGGAGGAAAAAUCCAGACUCCACAAUUGACGCCAGUGACUACAUUAAUUCCUUUCCGGAUCGUUUGAAAGCAGCCUUGGUAUUUAGUCACUUACUAAGCCUGGUUCGAAAUAAACUGAUUACGAUCUCCAAAAAACCAAAUUCGAAUGAAAUGGACAAAAUAUCGUUGGGCAAGGAAUCCAUAAAUCUAAUUGGAAACAUAGCCAAUGAUGCUGUGUUGUAAAGAAGCAAAGGAUCACCUUUCAUUGUUAAUCUAUUUAUAAGCCUAUUUUUAACACAUUACCAUUUGGGUAUUUAAAAAGCAAUAAAGCAUAUUAAGGUUCCUUUUAUCCUA